AUGAAGGAAGCUAUGAGUACAUUAAAUACAGUUUUAAAAAAGCCGCAAGUGCCUGAAGACGAUUUCGAUCGUUAUAGCAAGAUUCUUGCGAAUGAACUCCCCGAAUAUCCGGCGGAACUUAGCCGCAAAAUCGUCGAUCUAUCUCCAUCUCCAAUGCCCAAGAAAAGAACCAAAAAAACAUCUGGCUACAUAGAUUCAGCCUUAACUAAACUGGACAAUAUUGAGAGACGAGCGAGACUGGAAAAAAGGAUGACGAUUUGGUCUGUUGAUUCAACCUAUACUAAUUCAGUUUAUACUCCGCAAGCAAACACACCUUUAUCUUCGUUCUCAGAAGCGACACCACAAGCUUCUAGAAAACGGAAAAUCAACCAAAGAAAGGACAAAGGAAAUAUCAGACGUCGACAUGUUGCUGAAUGGAAAGACAACAAAAGGAAAAUGCUAAGAAACUUGGGCAAGGAGUACGAGAGUCGCGAUGGUACUGUAAGGUGUGGUAAAUCUUUAGGUCCUACGUGUCAAUGA